GACCUCUCGCAAACCCAGAUCAUAAUGCCAUUGUUCAAUUCUGUGCUACGCCACCUGCGAUGAGGAAGACCAGGAUCUGCAAGCUCGACUGUCUUCAGGACACGUCGAAUCCCAACACCAUGGCUCAACAUCGCCAUUCGCGCCCGGCAGUGCCCUCGUCCAUAGCGCGGUGGAAUCGCCGGGCUCGGAUGAUGCAUGGAUAGCCAUCUCCAUGUAAUGAGCAGGAAGCCGCUUCUUUUGUCUGAUCAGAUGGAGGCAGCCAAGAUCCUUUGAUGACCUAGUUAGUUCGCCACCAAACCCAAUAGCUCUCUCGAAAGCUGCUUGCCUUGUGACAUCCUCACCUCUCCCUAAACUUGCCGCGAAUCGAUUCGGUCCAGCUUCACUCAAGUCUGCGAGGGCCUUUCAUCUGCCAUAGAGCUCGUACCUUCCCACCGACUGGCCACCCUUCUUUGAAUGCGAGAUACGGAUGAUCUGCCACUAAAUACGUUGAUAGCCCCUUUUCGGCGCCACGUUGCAGCUGUGGAAGGAGGCCGUCCUCUGGCAGCUCUGGACACUAUGCUCAACGGAUAGUGUCACACGACGCGCCGUAGACAAAUAACUCCUACUCGGGGAACCCGUCGUUGCUUUGUUUGAGUCUAGGACAACCGUUUAAACCCCCAGCACUCCCCUAGCACACCGAAGUGCGAGCCGUCUCCGGAUCCUAGUCCUGUCCACCUUCCAACAUGCCUUCCACACUACGGACCCCAUCCCCUAUCGCUGUCAAACCUGUCAAAUGUGAAGACAAUGCUCCUGACAUCUAUCGACUCGAUCCAGACGGGGAUAUCACCCUAGUUUUAACCAGAUACGUGACGUACGUAGAUGAAGAUGAGGCCAUGCUUGACAUCAAAACGAUAUCCGCAGCCAAAAGGCAAGAGGAUGACCUAGUGGAAGAAGAGGUUGUCUUUCAUGUCUCCUCCAGACACAUGAUUCUGGCGUCGCCUGUGUUUCGAGCAAUGCUCCAGCGAAAAUUCAGCGAAAGUAAUACCUUACAGCUGACCGGCAGCGUGGAGAUACCUCUUCCCGACGACGACCCUGACGCGAUGUUGAUUCUUUUGAAAAUAAUUCAUGGGCAUAUGCGUAAGGUCCCGCUCAGAGUGGAUCUCAUAACAUUGGUACAGCUCGCCAUCCUCAUAGAUAAAUACGAUGUCCAUGAGGUUGUGGAGCUGUUUUCCAAUUUUUGGUUUGAUAAUUUGAAGUCCACCAUCCCGGAGAAAUAUACCGAUGACAUACCGGCUUGGAUAUGCAUCUGCUGGGUGUUCGAUAGGCCAAACGAGUUCAGGAAGACGACUCGCUUAGCUCUUCGUGAAGGAAAGCAAGCCGUUCCUUCGGACGAGCUACCGAUUCCACAAUCAGUUGUCGAGGCAAUCAAUAGCAAAAGGCAGGAAGUUCUCCAUAAGCUUGUUACCACUCUCUACGGCCAUAUCGAUGACUACACUGAAAACGAGCAUUGCAGCUUUGAAUGUGACGCGCUCAUGCUUGGCUCCCUCACCAAGCGUUUACGAGCUUUGAAGAUCUUUCCCCAUCGGCCCGACCCGCCAUAUGCUGGCCUAUGUUUCGAAGAAUUUGACUAUCGGUUCCGACAGGGUAUGUAUUUUCCUGGCGCUCAGCGGACAAGCGCAUACUAUUAUGAGCACUCAAAAUGCGCGAUUCGGUCGCUCGAUACGACCCUAUUGAAAUGCGAAGAGAAGCUGUCGGGAUUGGACAUGUGUGAUUACAAAUGACAUCACUUCUCAUCUUUUCUUUUUUCUUUUUCUUUUCUUUUCUCCCUUUUUUUUUUUUUUUUUUUUUUUUUUUUUUUUUUUUUUUUGGGGCCCCUUCCUUCAAGAAGCGGGUUUGAUUUAACUGCGGCGAUGUUAAAUUGUGUAUAGCUACUGGGAAAUUCUAUGGACUUAACAUCUU